GCUGCAUGAGUAGGUUCUGUUUGUUUAUCUGGCUGUGAUAGUAGAAAGUGCAGAUUUAUUCAGGUCAGGCCUGCAGGCGAUGGACUGAACAGCCCUCUGACAUUGCAGAAGAGCCCAGCAGGUCAAGCCAUGAAGUAAUGUUGACAUUUGUACACCUUGACUUUUCAUUGUUUGAAUUGUUCAAAAAUGUUCUUAUGAAAAAGCUCACGCUAAAAUAGGAAGCAGUCAACUUUGUCCCAGUAGCACAUUGCCAAAUAGAAAGACCUGCAGGCUUGGUUAAUCGGCCGAUGGCCUCUUUCUCUGGUGACCAGUGUGCCAGGAAACCGUGUGGGAGGCUUUCAAGAUCUUCUGGGACCGACUGCCUGAACAAGACGAGUACCAAAGCUGGAUGAACCAGUGCCAGGAAGGCACAGUCACUGUGCAGGAUAUUGGCAGCUACUUUAGCCAGUCAGAGGAGCAUCAGGCUCUGGUCAAACAGAGAAUGUCGCAUUCCGUUCUGAAAAGUGAGCCCACCCGGUCCUGGAAGCAUAUGUGCAGCACACCAACACCAGCGAGUUCAGAAACAGUUGAAGCCCCUGAGUUAGAGGAAAUGGAUAAAGGAAAGGACAUCGCAGGCAUCAUUUCACCAGAGGUGGAAGAGAGUCCACUGUUCAAUGAAAUCACCCUUCAGCCCACGGCUGCCCCCGUUCUGGAGCAGGUGGUGGAGCUGAGCAUCCUCCUGACCGGAGAGGUAUUCAGCAACGAGCUCAGAGAUCCAGCCAGCCUCAAGUUCCAGACGCUCAGCAGAGAUCUCGCGGAAAAGAUAGAAGAUGCUCUAGAGGGGCUUCCUGGCUUUAAGAGUGUGUCUGUAAUCGACUUCAGACCACAGAAGGACACUCAGUGGUUGGAUGGCAUAGUGGUGGAUUAUGCAGUCACAGUAGCGGUGGACGGAGCCGGAGUGAGCUCUGAACAACUGAACUACCUGACCCUGCAGUCCAACCUGGUGGAGAACUCGUAUCGAGAGAUCAAGGAUCCCCCCACAAUGGUCUACGCCAUCAGCGAGAUUAAAAACAUCUUCACCGAACCUCAUCCCAUCGACGAGAUGGAGAGCGUGUCUGAGAUUCCUGAGCCUGUCAGCGUUGCACACGAAGCGACGGGCAUUGACCCAUCAGAAGUCUUGACCCUGGAUCAUCCUACUGGUGGUGGAUCAUCACCACCAGUAGGACUCAACACCCUGGCACCAGAAGAGGACAUUGUUAUUCUGGAGGAGAGUGAACUAGCGUCACCUGAGGCGGCACUCACCACCAAUCUACCUGAACCUGGUACCAUUGAGGAGGAAGAUCUGUUGCCAGAGGAUGUUGUGCUAGCUCCUGCUCCAGAGAUCUUCCCACCUAAAGAGGUCCUACCUGAGCCUCCCUCUCAGGAGACGCCAAAGAGCUCCACAUUGCCUGAGCCGCCAAUAGAAAUGGAGGCUUCUGGGUCAGGCCGAGAAAACCUGGACAGUUUAAUUGAGCCAUCCGUUGAAGAAGAGCAAAUAUCUCUUGUAGUGACUGAAGAUGCUAAAUCAGAAACUGAACAAGAAAAAGCUGAUUGUGCUUCAGUUGGAGAGGAAUCCCUUGCUACAACCUUUGAAGAGGGGCACCAAGAUGAGGUUGAGAUUUUAGAAAAGCCUGAGGUCUCUACAGUUUUAACUAAGACCAUAAUAGAACAAGGCCAGCCAGCUAUUUUACCCCCAUUAGAGACUGUGAAUAUACCAAUUGAAGUGUCAGAGCCUGAUGUAGCCAAAACCACGCUGCACUCUGAUGUUGAUGAACCUGUGGUUCAGGCACCAAAGGACUCUAGCAAGUUUGACAAAGUCCCUGACGAGAAUGCAGGGAUCAAUGUGAUUUUUACCUAUCCUGAGGAACCCGCAUUUGAUGAAAAAGGCUUUGACGAGACAAUUGAGAGUGAUGAAAGUGAAGUGAAAGAGGGAUCUUUGUCUGAAGCCAAGGAUAUAGAGGAAGAGGCGCCUCUGACACCAGAGAUCUUAGCAGGAGAUCUUGUGGAGGAGGGAAUUUUGCUUGUCAACAGAGACCAUUCGAAGUUACCUGGGACAGACUUCCCACGCCAUCCACUGCCAACUUCCCUGUCUCCAGAGAAGAAAUCCCCUUUUACCGUCAUCUCAUCCAUUGUCCCAGAUUUUGAUGGCCUACCUGACAAAGCCAUCACUUCACUGGUAAAGACCACUCAGGAGGACCUGGAUGCCACCCCUGAAGAUCAUGGAUAUGACCUGAUUCCCUAUGAUUUUGGCUCGACAAACCAGACAGAGGAAGGCAGCACUGGAUCCCCAUUCAGUGUGGCCCAAGGCACAGACCAAGUCAGCAUUGCCAUGCCUAUAAACCCGAGGCGAGCUCUGAUAGUCUUCUUCAGCCUGAGAGUGACCAAUAUGGUAUUUUCUGAAGAUCUCUUUAACAAGAGCUCCCCAGAGUACAAGGCUUUGGAACAGCGCUUCCUAGAACUGCUUGUGCCCUAUCUUCAGUCCAACCUGAGCCACUUUGAGAAUCUGGAGAUCUUGAACUUCAGGAAUGGGAGCAUCGUGGUCAACAGUCGGAUGAAGUUUGGGAAGCCUGUGGCCCGGGGCGUCACCACCACUGUGUAUCUAAUUCUAGAGGACUUCUGUAACACUGCGUACCAGACCAUGAAUCUAGCCAUUGAUAAAUACUCUCUGGAUGUGGAGUCGGGUGACCAAGCCGAUCCCUGCAAGUUCCAGGCGUGCAACGAGUAUGCAGAAUGUAAAGUGAACAAGUGGUCAGGGGAAGCGGAGUGUGUCUGUAAUGCGGGCUACUUCAGUGUUGACGGCCUUCCUUGUCAAAGCAUCUGUGAGCUGCAGACAGACUUUUGCCUCAAUGACGGCAAGUGUGACAUCAUCCCUGGCCAGGGAGCCAUCUGCAGGUGUCGUGUUGGAGAGAACUGGUGGUACAGAGGUGAACACUGUGAGGAGUAUGUGUCUGAGCCUCUGGUGGUUGGCAUAGCCAUAGCCUCUGUUGCUGGUUUCCUGUUUGUGGCGUCCGGAGUGUUGUUCUUCCUGGCCAGGACACUUCGGGAUCAGUACGACAAGGAAGAGUCAGAGGAUCCCGUACGGCGGGUGGAAAGUCUUCCUUCACUGGAAAGGGCAACCAAAUAUAACCCUAUGUAUGAAAGUGAAGCCACAACAGGCUACAGCCACUAUUACCGUCGUUAUCCCGAAGCGCCUAUGUACAGCAGUGCCAGCGCCGAGGCAUCCACCGACUUUAGCAGCGAGGAGAUACGGCACAUCUAUGAAAACAGUGAGCUGACCAAAGAGGAAAUCCAAGACAGGAUACGCAUCAUUGAACUCUACGCGAAGGACCGGCAGUUUGCAGACUUUGUGCGGCAGCAUCAAGCAGUUCUGGAUACCCAGAGAGAGAGCUCCUCUAUGCACACAUAGAACUGUAAUGAACAAGAUACUAAACACGCUUCCUGAUCAAAAAUGAAGCCUCCUGUCAAGACAUUUCUUUGAUCGCCAUGUUCCUCGUAGUACGGACUGUGUUUAGAUUAUUUUCAGCACUUUUGUAACCGAAACAGUAAGUCUGCAUCUAUCGCUCUUUGCAUAGGUGGGUGUUGACCAUUCAUUCAUAAACCUCUGUGCCUUCUGACUGUGUGAGACUCCUGUGAUGCUACGGUCCGUCUCCGCUCAUGUUUUUGCUGCUUAACUACCAAACCUUUGGGAAAACCGGGCCGCACCCUGUUAUUUGAACAGAAACGCAAAGACCAAACCAACAAGUAACUAUUGUUUUGUGGGAUAACUGUUUAUUUGCAUUAUCUUCUAUCUGCCUUCUCUUAAAGGGGAAGAACAUAUAUUGUGAUAUGUUUGUAUAGUUAAGCUGACAUUUGUCCAUCUGAUAAAUGUCGUUUUUUGA